CAGAGCCUUCCCUUGUUCUGCUCCCCAAACCACCUGCCUAUAGAUGGGUUGCAUCACACACUCAGAUGUAGUGUGUGUUGCCUCCGAAAUCCAAACUGACCUACCAAGCAUUAUGCCUCUUUUUUUUUUUGUAGAUGGUGCAAGAUGAAGCAACUCCUCUUUUACCCUAGGUGCUGUUGGGAUUCGCGUGAAAGGCUCCUCACCCGACCUGCAAAACUCUACUGCCCCGGCGGGGCGGGGCGGGGCCGGUAGCCCCUCCCCGGGGAGAGUUGCAGCCUGAAAAGCGGGCCCUAGCCAGGACCCCCGGCGGAGGCCGAGCUAUGGGGGACGAGCUGAGGCAGCGCACUGAGCAGCUGCUGGCGGACUACCUGGAAUACUGCGCCCGGGUGCCUGGCACCGCCGGGCGGCGGCCGUCCACGCCCGAGGCCGCCUUGCUGCGCUGCUUGGCCCUGCGGUUACGGCUACGUUACCACCUCAGUAGGUCCCGCUACCGCGGAUAUCAGGGAAACCGCCUGCAGGUGGUGGCGAAUGUGGCACAGAAGAUGGUCCGACAACGCGGAUUCCCCAGCUGGGGCAAGGUGGUGGCGCUCGUGACUUUCGCGGGGAUCCUGCUGGAGAGACCGCCGGCAAGGCACGCGUGGGAACUGAAGGAGUGGGAGGCAGACGUUGGCCGGGACUGCCGGAGGCUGGUGGCCUUUCUGUGCAAUUGGCUCACCGUGGAGCACCGCGCCUGGCUGGAGGCACACGGCGGCUGGGACGGCUUCUGUCGCUUCUUCGCAUCCAGAAUGAUCUUUCCUUGGAAUGCACUGCUGGUCCGGGUUCUUCUCUCAUGCUUUAUAUCAACAAUAUUAAACUAUAUGUGGACAAAAUUACUGUGAGUUCCCAAAUUUUUAACCCACAUGUACCUGCCUAAUGGUGACCAGCCAAGUAUAUUGGGAUGCUAAAGAACAGAACAGAGUAAAGACCCUUCUGGGACAUUUUUACCUGCAUUUCUAUCAGGAGUCCUGUGGCGAUGAUUCAGCAAGCAUUUUAACUCCUGAAAAAAUUCAGAGGUGUUGGGACAGAGGCACUUGAGUGGCUCUUCUCUGCCUGGGGAAAAUGGGAAUCUAAAGGCUUACUGCUUCAAAGAAUUGUAGAGUGCAUUUCAUUAAAUGGGAAACCUGGUGCUACAUGUAGAUAAAUAUGAACAAGACACUCUCAUCUAUCCACAGUUUCAAUGCUACUGCUGACUAACGUAUCAAGGCAAUGGGCCAGGGGUGAAAUGGUAUCAGAAGUACUCCGAGUACCAGUCUAACAAAGGACGUAACAUUAAUACCUUUUACAAGGAAUUCUUACUAAAGCCUUUGAAACUGAAUUCCUAGGACUUCUUGGGUUUCUAGAUUUAAUUAAGAAUUUUUAUUUUUUACUUCAAUAAAUUGGUAAAU